GAAGUCUGAUUUCAACUCAAUCCAAAAAUCAUUUCUUAGUUCUCAUUGUGUGCAAGCAAAGCUUUGGACCAGGCACUGAGGGGCUAUGGAGACCAGAAGACACAGAGGAUGAUCUUAAGGAACUUGCCCUCAAGGAGCUGGCCUUCAAGUAAAAGAAUAAUAAACACAAAUAGGCAGUGCACUCAGCAGUCCCACAGAUCUCUGUCUUGCUCCAACGAUGUUUGGACGGAACAGACCGCAGGGACAUCCCUUGCUCCAGCCUCUGACCACUCUCCAACCUUUUUUCCAGUCACAACCUUUGGAAUCAGCCACUCAGCUAUCCUUCGUCACCAGGACUAGCCAACACCAUUUUUUGAGCUUAACUUCUUAUUACCGAUCAACCAUGAGCUCCCAGAUCUGUCAGAAUUAUUCCACCGAGGGGGAGGUCGCUAUCAACCGCCUGGUCAACAUGCAUCUGCAGGCCUCCUACACCUACCUCUCUUUGGACUUCUAUUUCGACUGUGACUAUUUGGCUCUGAAGGGCAUGGGCUACUUCUUCCGUGAACUGACUGAGGAGAAGUGCGAGGGUGCCAAGAGUCUCUUGAAAAUGCAAAAGCAGCACGGUGGUCAUGCCCUCUUCCAGGAUGUGCAGAAGCCAUCUCAAAAUGAGUGGGGUAAAACCCAGGACGCUAUGGAAGCUGCCAUUCUCAUGGAGAAGAACCUGAACCAGGCCCUUUUGGAUCUGCAUGCCCUGGGUUCUGCCUGUGCAGGCCCCCACCUCUGUGACUUCCUAGAGAGCCACCUCCCAGAUGAGGAGGUGAAACUCAUCAAGAUGGGUGACCACCUGACCAACCUCUGCAGGCUGGAUGAUCUCUAGGUUUGCCUGAGCAAGAAUCCCUUUGAAAGGCUCACGCUCAAGCAUGACUAGGAGCCUCCGGAGCCCAGUGGUCUUUGAGGAGCCCUCUCUGGUGUCAGGGCUUCUGCCUGAAGCCCCUCUCUGCAAAAACUAGGCAACUUUUUAACCACUCUGGAGCACUCUCACCCAAGCCUUGGACCAAAUGGAAACAGUGAAGCUUUUUGAAGCAAAAAAGAAAAAAAAAAAAAGAAGAAGAAAGAAAGAAAGAAAAGAAACAAAAAUAACUGUAAUUCAAAGUAAAGUGACAUAUUUGUACAA